GGAAGAUCACCCAGGACACGGAGCUGGUGCCGAUAACAGUGGAAUCCCCUAGCGCUCUCUCCCUCUCCUUGGUCCUGGAAUACGCCACCGACCUAAAAAAAAGUAGCAAGCAGACAGCACCCGUCCUCAGCGCUUGGGAGAAGAGCCUAGAUUGUUUGGCUGUCGGAAAGACGCGGUGCAAAGUUUCCUAUGAAAGGGACAUAAGCAGCCCAAAACACCACCCCGUUUUUCCGGAAGAUCUCUAAAAAUAUCGCUCUCGAGGGACCUUUGAUUUUUCCCGAGAAACAGAAAAUGCCAGCUGAUAUAAUGGAGAAAAAUUCCUCCUCCCCCGUAGCUGCCACCCCAGCCAAUGUCAAUACAACGCCUGAUAAGCCAAAGACUGCCUCCGAACACAGGAAGUCAUCCAAACCAAUCAUGGAGAAAAGGAGACGCGCACGAAUAAAUGAAAGCUUGAGCCAGCUGAAAACGCUCAUCUUGGAUGCCCUUAAAAAAGACAGCUCCAGGCACUCCAAGCUGGAGAAGGCAGACAUCCUGGAGAUGACAGUGAAACACCUCCGGACCCUGCAGCGAGCCCAGAUGACUGCGGCUCUCAGCACCGACCCCACGGUCCUGGGCAAGUACCGCGCGGGAUUCAGCGAGUGCAUGAACGAGGUGACCCGCUUUCUGUCGACGUGCGAGGGGGUGAACACGGACGUCCGCACGCGCCUGCUGGGCCACCUGGCCAACUGUAUGAGCCAGAUUCACGCCCUGAACUACCCGCCGCCGCCGCCGCACCCCGCGCUGCCGCCCCCCGCUCCCGGCGGCCCGCACGGCCCCCCCUUCGGGCAGCCUUUGGUGGCGCUCCCCGGGGCCGCCGCGCCCCCCGGGAGCGGGGGCGGGGGCGCCGCGAGUGCGGGCAGCGGGAACGGCGUGCCGUGCAAACUAGGGGCCAGCGCUGCCGCAGCGGCCGCCGCCGACGGGGCUAAGGUGUUCGGCGGCUUCCAGGUGGUGCCGGCCCCCGACGGCCAGUUCGCCUUCCUCAUCCCCAACGCGGCCUUCGCGCACAGCGGGCCGGUGAUCCCCGUGUACACUCACGCGGGCGGGGGCGCCGCUGGUGCCGUGUCCCCGUCCAGCGGGCCCUCGCUCACGGCCGACUCAGUGUGGAGACCCUGGUGAAUCAGAACGGGGAGAAACCCGCCCGGGCCAAAAGCCACACACACACGAAACCAACCGGGGCCCCGGUUCUCCCCGCUCCCAGCCCACCGCACCCAACCCCAGACACACCCUCUGCAGGGCCUGGACCUUUGGGAGAGGGACAGCCAGACAGCCAGACAGACGGCCGAGCUAGUGAGAUGGUCCCCUGUGACCUGGGGCUUGUUUUCUAAGCAGUUCUGACAAGUUAACCUUUUUGUAGAGCGUUGGAUCGAGUGACUGGCCAUGCCCUAUAUUUGUAUAUAUUUUACAUGUUCAUAUUGGAUGGUGCGCCUUUGUAUGAUACAAGUUCAGGUGACAUUUCGUUUUUUACACGAGAUCCCUUUUUUAUGUGAUGCCAAAGAUGUCUGAAAAUGCUCUGACAAAUGGGCUUCCUUGGGGGAAGUUUUAUUUGCGAAAGGAGAAUAAAACAAACAGGACCAGA